CGGAAACCUAGACUGGUUUUCUGUUCAAUAUUACAAAUGUAAGCAGGAAACCACCUAACCAGAAUAACUUUUCCAAAACAAGCCAAAAAUAGAAUAAUGAAUUUAAAGAUAUAUAUAUAGAGAUAGAUUUUCAAAUGAAAACCAGAUGUAGUAAAACGAUUUUAAAUUAAUUCUUGCAGUACCUAUUGUGUCAUUACAUAACAUGUUCUCCUACGUUGUAGCGACGAUUUUCUUUCUUUUAAUCAGUUUUUACAAAGAGGGCGAAAGUGUGAACUUGUUCUGUGGUAAAGAUCUAACGCAAUAUGACAAUGAAACACAACAAUGCAAUGACGGAAGAGUGAUGGACAGGAAUUUAAGUCGACUAGUGAUGCCGAUUACAACGAACGUUAACUUCACAACAAAAGAUGAUGAUUCAAAUAGCUCACCAAUGAUAAGCAUCGUGUUAAAAAUCAUCGUUACGUAUACUAAUAAGAAAGACACUGUCGGAUGCUGCGGCUUUGACGUAUACCAACCAAAUGAACAAACUUGCUGUCAGUUGACAAGUAAUGAAUACAUAAUCCAUGACAAUAAACCGGAAAGAAAUCAUAUCUGUUGUGGCGUACAUGUGUUUGCAAGAAGCUCAACCAAUCCACCUUGUCAGCAUGGUUCACGCAACGAGACGUUCUUAGAUGGUAAAUUGCCAACGCUUAGAAAAAAAUACCCUGCUUGGUCAUGUACAAUAACUGAAAUAUGCAAGAACAAUUUUGUGUUUUAUGUGAAGAUUACGGGGAAAGAAGAAAAAAAAGGCAGGCGUUAUCUUGUUAUCAGGGUCACACAGUAUGAAUAUAACGGAACAGGAAGAAAUUUGAGACAUCUUCAAACGAGAGAGAACAUCAAAGCUCCGUUGGACAAAUAUAGUCGAAAAUUGUUGAAAAGAGAGACCUUUGUGAUAUUUUCUAAUAACGAGUACCUAGAUGAUGAACUUUUCUAUCGUCACGAAGGGGAUGUGGUGUUUAAAGAUUCAAGAAGAAAACAUUUUGUGUUAAAGAAAGUAAGAAAACUAUUGGAUACUUGCUAAACACUAUAAAGUUUUGCAUGAUUGUUAUAAAUCGUGGAUGGUUGACCCCAUUAUAUAUUGAAAACUGCCACAGGCCUGACAUAAAUACAAAACAUGAAGCUUUAUAGUAAAGUAUUUUGCGUACAAAGCAAUGUCUCAAUACAUGAAUGGAAGGAAUACUCCUGGAUCUAGUCAUCACACUUCACAUUCAUAAUGUACUUAUUUAUCAUAGAUUGUUUAUAAUGUUCCUUUUAUUUUAUGGUUCUAUAUUUUCUAUAGUUAAAUAAUGCGCAGUACUAUAAUUAUAUGCAUUUCAAAUAAUUAGAUGCAUUAUUUUUUCUGAAUGAAUAAAUAAUUAGAUAGAUAGAUGGAUAGAUGGAUGGAUGGAUGAAUGAAUGAAUAAAUAAAUAUAUAAAAUAAAC